AUGUUCCAGUCACGAAUUAAUCGGCGAGUUUUCGUUUACGCUGUUGCAUUGAUCGUGAUGGUGUUGGCAAUUAUCGCGCAUGCGCAGGUGGAAAAUGACGGACCAAUCACCAACGAGCCGCAAAAGAGCGGCGACUCCAAAUCCGAUGAAGAACUAUUUAAAAAACUAUUCGUUCAACGACGUAAGGAGCACAUAGAAGCUAUACAGACUCUCCUAAAAAUAAACAAUUACGAACGGCUGUACAAAAUGAUCAUGGUGCUAGCUGAAAAAGUAAUGGAGGUCAUCGAAUCCAGUAAAAGUAUCAUCGAGAAGGCCGAUUUCAUACCAGAUAACAGCUCUUUUCCAAAAGAUAUCAAUGUCAAAGAUGCAUUAUCUAGCAUCCUGGAAAACACUGCGUUCUUUGGAGAUAUUAUUCUGCAUUUGCCGGAAAUCACUCAUAGAAUACUGAAGAUGCAGCAGAAAUGGAAUCCUACGAUACACUGGUCCUUGAACUUUACCAAUCAGAUGCGUCACUUGCUGAACAAAUCGACCAUCACGAUGAUUCACUUAGUCAAGCAGGAGCUGAGUAUCACGGAACGGGAUCCGAACUAUUCUAAUCCGUAUAAAAACCGCUGGACACGCUCUGGAUACGAACAUAAAAAAGAGUACAAUGAAAAUACCAUAAAAAAGAAGCUUGUAAAAAAAGAAAAGCGUAAAAAGGGACCGCAAAUUGCUAAAAUCGAGUUAUGAGUCAUCUGCGAGAAGAUUCUUCCGACCGGUUCCUAAAUCACUUUGUUAAGAAUUCUCAUGUUGUUAAAAUUCUAGGAAAGACGGAUAUGUUUUUUUCUAUCAUUUAGAAUUAAUAGCAAUGAGCUUUCCAUAAUAGCGCAUUUCGACAAAGAAACUCAUAUUUUUAAUAUC